UCCUAUUCUCCUUCCAUUCCCCUUUGCUUUUCCCCCUCGCUCCUCCCCUCCCUCCCUCCCCAAAACCCCCUAAACCCUACCUCGCCGGGAUCGGCCGAUCAGCGCCGCGUCCCUCGCCGGGUUGUACUUAGAACGGCAUGAUCUUUGCCUUCCCAUUGAGAGGGUGAGAAGCAACCAAGUAUGGCUUCAAGGGCGAUCAUUAGGAGAAGGAAGCGUCUUUUGGAUAAUGUUAACGCACCUAUCCUGUCAUCCUCCUUCUCUACCUUCCAGCAUGGGGCAUUUGGUUUCAACGCUCAGCCAAGAAUAGCGCCGCAAUUUCUCGAGCAAAGCUUAGGGGACUCAAAAUCUGACAAGGAGAAAGAGCAGUAUAAUGUGAAUUUGACAAAGGGUGGUCUGCUAGGUCUUGGUAAUGGGUUUCCGCAGCGACCAGCUCAUGUGAUUUCUCUUCAUGGUUAUGGAAUUGGAAGAAGUAAUGAAUUUGCAUUGCCUUUUGGAGCUAGAGGUUUGUUGCAGUCAGUCCGCAGAGCAUCAACCGCAACUGCUGGGCAACCUGAGUUGGAUAUCGAAGAAGAACAGAGUGAGGAUCAGAAGCAGAAUAAAAAGAAAAAGGAGGCAUCCCCAGAAGAAUGUGACCAGGCUGUGGAAGGCCUAAGCACAGCAAAAGCUAAAGCCAAAGCCAAGCAGGUGCAAGAAUCUCUAAAGGCUAGCCGAUCAAUCGUACAAAAAUUCUGGGCAAGGCUUCUGGGUAUUGGCCCUGCUCUCCGAGCUAUUGCUUCAAUGAGUAGAGUUGACUGGGCUGUAAAGCUGAAGCAUGGGAAGGAUGAAUUUAUUUCUAGACUGCAGCAUUACUGGUUAGGAACAAAGCUACUUUGGGCAGAUGUUAGGAUUUCAUCAAGAUUGCUGGUGAAGCUUGCUGGUGGAAAGAGCCUGUCAAGGAGAGAGAGGCAACAACUCACCCGUACAACAGCUGAUAUCUUCAGGCUGGUACCUGUUGCUGUGUUUAUCGUUGUUCCGUUCAUGGAAUUCUUAUUGCCGGUGUUUCUCAAGUUGUUUCCAAACAUGCUGCCAUCCACUUUUCAAGACAAGAUGAAAGAAGAGGAAGCGUUGAAAAGGAAACUGAAAGCAAGGAUGGAGUAUGCAAAGUUUCUGCAAGAACCUGCAAAAGAAAUGGCAAAGGAAGUCAAAGCAUCAUAUAGUGGAGAAACUAAACAGACCGCUGGAGAUCUGGACGAAUUUUUAAACAAGGAUGUCACCAAUGUUGGAGAUGAAGGUGGUUUUGCUCCUAACAUUCAGGAGAACAAGGAUGGCCUUGAGCUCUUGAAGACUGCAAUUGAAAAGGCUGGAUACACCGGCAAGGUUGUCAUUGGAAUGGAUGUUGCUGCUUCAGAGUUCUACAAUGACAAGGACAAAACCUAUGACCUCAACUUCAAGGAAGAGAUAUCUGGAGAUAGCCUGAAGAAUGUAUACAAGUCAUUUGUGAGUGAGUACCCCAUUGGCUUGAUUAAGGAUCCAGUUGAACAAGAUGACUGGAUGCACUAUGCUAAGAUGACUGAGGAAUGUGGGGAGAGUCUUGAUUAUGACCAUCUAGUCAAUAAGCAAAUGGAUCAUGUGCUCAAAGCAUCCAGCCAAGAUAAACCGGGAAUGACACUAAACAGAAUUAAAGUGUUCCAAAAUGGCCGAACUUUCUCUUCGAUUGGACUGGAACCGGAACAGGAAGUUUCGGUUGUUAAACAAUUGAUGUAAGUUACAAACAAAUCAAUAGUUCUCUCUCUCUGCCCAAGCUCUAUGUUUUAAACAUUAUUUGCUACUUUGUCCUGGUGUGCUACUGUUUCAAGGAUCUGAUUGUUGCAUGCUUUAUUACUAAAGAGCUCCUUACUGUAAAGAAGCUCGUGAAACCCUUA